GGUAGUAAAAUAGAGUUUAUUUUUAUAAAAUGAUAAAAUCACUACCACAAAAAUGGUCUUCUACGAUGCAUGUUUUAUUAUGGUUGUACAAAAACUGAUGUCAUAAGUAAAGUGGUGACAUUUUUGUAAACAACUGGAAAUUUUCUAAGAGGAUUUUAUCAAAAUCUUCUUUGAAAAUGAAUUACGACAUCGGUUCUACAAUGCGAAAAUACAAUGUCUUUAGGGAAUGUGAACGAGCUCUCUCUCACUCCUUAUUUUCAUCUUCUUUUUAAUCUCUUUCUCCCUCAGUAUUAGAAAAUCCUAAAUUCUCCUCCUUGCUCUCUCUCUCUCUCUCUCUCUCUCUCUCUCUCUGUCCGUGCCUCCAUCACCGUGGAGAUCCCCACGAAGCCGGUAAAGAUACAGAGGCGCAGGUGUUCAUUGCUCAUGAGAUUGACUUGGAUUCUUCAUCGCCGAAAGCUAUCCUCUUUCUCGUUCGAACAUGGCAUCUACAUCCUCCUUAUCAGAGUGUAGGGAUACGACAAAGCUUCCUGGUGGGAGAUUGAAUCUCAAGUUCUUGUGCGUGAGCCAUCUUUAUUUUAGUGGUCCUGAAGCAAGGUUUGAAAGAUUGCCUAAGUUGGUUAGAGCCACGAUUGCGAUAGGCCAUGUUCUAUUGGAGAUGAAGGACAAAGAGGAAGCGAACUUGAUUCUUGAGUUUCAAAAUUUAACCCACCUAGAAUUGGGCUAUUCAGAUUAUACUAGGGAUUGGAUUGAGGGGUUAGAAGUGAUCAAGCGUUGCCUCAAUCUUCAAAUUCUUGACAUUGAUAUGGGGAGUAUUGACAUGAAUGCUAGAGGCGAUGAAGGAGCAGAUUGGCCAUUCCCUCGAUCUGUCCCUUCAUGCAUUUCAUUACAUCUUAAAACAUGCGAAGAAGAAGAAGAAACAAAGAAAGGUGGUGCUAGGUGUGGCUGUUACUCUAUUCUAUGGUGACACCCAAUGAGUCACUAGUUGACUCAUAUG